AACAAACAACCAGAACCAGAGAAAGUCUAAUGAUCAGCAUAAAGGAAAGUAUUUCUGCAGAGACAGAGACUGUAGGACGGGCAUCAGUACUGAGACUCAGCGCAGCUGGGUUUAUAAAGGGAGAUUCUCUCUGUAUGACGAUGAAGACAGCAGAUUCUUCACAGUGUUCAUCAGGAACCUCAGCAGAGAGGAUGAUGGGGAAUAUAAAUGUGGAAACAAUCAGACAUGGAGUCAUGAUGUUAAAUUAGAGGUGAACAAAACCUCUUCUUCUUGUGGGACGUCAGUUCUCCAGACUGCAUAUAAAGGACAAACAAUCACUUUCCACUGUGAAUACAAUCAUACGUUUCAAACACAAACCAAACUCUUGUACAGAGUGAACAGAGAUCCUGUGCUUGUGCUGAACAGCUCACAAUCAUCACAAUCAUCUGAGGAGAAUUUCAACCUGUCUGACAGUCACAAAGAUCAUUUUAACGUGACCAUCAGAAACAUUUCUGCAGCAGAUGAUGGAGUUUAUCUGUGUGGAGUGGAGAUAUAUGGACCUUCACAAACGAUAACUCACAUCACCUUCAUUAAAGAGAUUCAUCUGAAUAUUUCUGGUCAGUUAACUUCUGUCCAGGUUCAGGCCUACAUCAGUAAAUCAGUCUUCAUCACGUGUAAAUUUCCAGAAGAAUUCAAAGGAAACAAGAAAUUCAUCCAAAAACAUUCAUCGCAGAAUAUCUCUGUUGAUGGACAGAAUCAGUGGGUUCUUCAUGAUAAAGUGCAGAUGUAUGAUGAUAUCAGUGAAGGAGUUUUGAAGGUUUUUAUCAGUAAUUUAACUGAAGCUGAUGAAGGAACGUACAGAUGUGGAGUGAAUAUCACUGAUGAUCAUCUGUUCACUGAGAUCACGCUGAACAUCAGUCAAGUUGAUGACUUUAAUGCAUCAAGUAAGUCAGCUCUUAUUGGUGAAAGAGUGAACCUCACAUGUAAUUACCCUGAGAAACACCCGACCAUCAAACACAUCUGCAAAGAGAACAAGGAGAAGAUCUGUGAGAACAUCAGUUCAUCAGAGGAGAACCGCUUUGAGUUUUCUGACAGCGCAGCAGGAGUUUAUACAGUGAGCAUCAGUAAUGUGAGCCUGAGAGAUGCUGGAGUUUACUGGUGUGGAGAAGAAACCAGAGACACACAUCUGACAUCUGUUUCUCUCACCAAUAAACACCAGCUGACUUUAUCCAACAAAACUGAGCUGAUCUUAUCCAGUAAACCUCCGCUGACUUCAUCCAAGCCUCCAGUGGUCAAACGUGAAGGAGAUUCAGUCCAGAUCAAAUGCUCUUAUGAUGAAAACUAUUCAACAGAAGUAAAGCAUCUGUGCAAAGGAAAGUGUUUGACUCCAGAUGAUCUGAAGAACAAUCAAUCAGAUGAAGAUCAUGAUAAAAACACAAAGAUUUCAGUAAAGGACGACACUGAACUCAAUAUCUUCACUGUGAACAUGACUGACCUGAGAGCAGAGGAUGCUGGGAAAUACUGGUGUGCAGUGAAAGACAUGUUUAACCUUUCCAUUGAGCUCAUGAUUGUCAUGAAGAAAGUCAUCACUCGUGAAGCAUCUGUCGGAGGAUCAGUGUCCAUCAGCUGUAAAUACUUCAGGAAUCAAACACAGAGGUUUUUCUGCAGAGGAGAUCAGCCCAAUAUCUGCUUCAUAGACGGAGUUCGUGUUUCAUCAAAUAAGAGUGUAAACAGCAGAUUCUCUCUGACUGAAGAAACCUCUGCUGGAGUCUUUACUGUGAACAUCAGCAAUCUGAGAGCAGAGGAUUCUGGGAAAUACUGGUGUGCAGAGGAGAGUUCUGGAUCCUUCAUCUUCACUGAGGUUCAGCUACAUGUGACCACAGAAAUGACGACAGCUGACACCAAAAGGGAAACAUCCCAGAAUAUAGAAAAGCCUGAAAUAACCUCGUCUGGCACAAAAAAGGAAACAGAAAAGUCUGGGUUUCCAGUGACAGCUGUGGUGGUUCCUGUGGGUUUGAUUCUGCUCGCUCUGGUCAUAGUGUUACUCUUAUUCAAACUGAAACACAACAAACGGGACAACAUCUCAUCAUCUGAAAGAAGAGAGACAGAAGACCAUGAAAGAACUCAAGAAGAGAUUCAAGAUGCCAGACACCAUUCAGACUCAGACCCUGAAUCAACUCCUCUUUAUUCCACAGUUCAGUUACCCACAAUCCCCUCUGAUUCGCAGAAUCCAGUUUACUCCACAGUUCAGUUACCCACAAUCCCCUCUGAUUCGCAGAAUCCAGUUUACUCCACAGUUCAGUUACCCACAAUCCCCUCUGAUGGGCUCCCGUACACUGCUGUCAGUUUCCAGAAGAAUGAAGAGUCUCUCAGUGAAGUUACAGUCAGAUUCAGUAAAGAGGAGAUUCACUCUGAUUACACAUCUGUCAAUCACAGUGUCCAUCCAAAUUAAUAUUAGCACUGGAUUUUUGUAUUUACACACAACAUGAAUCAUGAAAAAUGACAGAAAUCCAGCUUCACUGAACGAGUCUUCAGCCAGCAACACAUACAUGUCACUGAUGGACAAGAAGCUGAAAUGUUUCUGUGACUGAAGAAAACACAUUGGUUUCUUUGUAACAUUUUGAAAUUAAAUGUAAAAUGAAGACAGAUGAGUGCACGUGUGCAAGAAAAUAUUGGCAAUUGCAAAGUUUAUCAUGGUAAUUGUAAUUGAUGCCAUACAGUUGUAUUUUGCCACAGUUUAUUUUAUUAGAAUGUGAUGUAUACAUCAUGCAUGACAAUGACUCUCUAGAAAAAACAACUUAUGUACUUACAUUGCAGUAAUGCAUACUUAAAAAUGUAAUUAACUGCACUACUUUUAAAUGAGGAGAGUAAUUACAGUAACUUGCCAAGACAUUGUAAUCUAAAAAAAAUAAAAAAAA